UCUAAAUUACGGUAAAACCCCACACUUCACUCUUGCUAUCACAAUAAAAAAUCCACUGAGGUUUCAAUUCCAAAUCCCAGGAAAACAGCGAUGCGCAGCCUAAUUGCUCACAAACUUUGGAAUGGAAUCAGCAGAAGGCCUUUGAAUCCAAAUAGUAGGAGAUGGUACGGGCUAAUACCGAUGGUGAUAGAGCACUCUUCCCGUGGAGAGAGGGCUUAUGACAUAUUCUCAAGGCUGCUCAAAGAGCGCAUCAUUUGCAUCAAUGGACCCAUUAACGAUGAUACUUCCCAUGUUGUCGUUGCUCAGCUUCUUUUCCUAGAGUCCGAGAAUCCAUCCAAGCCUAUUCACAUGUACCUCAAUUCUCCCGGUGGCGCCGUCACUGCCGGUCUUGCUAUCUACGAUACAAUGCAGUACAUUCGAUCUCCAAUUAAUACUAUAUGUCUAGGUCAAGCAGCUUCAAUGGCAUCCCUUCUCUUAGCUGCUGGUGCCAAGGGUGAGAGACGAUCUCUUCCUAAUGCUACAAUCAUGAUUCAUCAGCCUUCUGGUGGAUAUAGUGGGCAAGCUAAAGAUAUGACAAUUCACACAAAACAGAUUGUUCGGGUAUGGGAUGCACUGAACCAACUAUACUCCAAGCAUACGGGACAACCAGUGGAAAUAAUUCAAAAGAAUAUGGAUAGGGAUUAUUUCAUGACCGCUGAAGAAGCCAAGGAGUUUGGGAUAAUUGAUGAGGUUAUUGAUCAAAGACCAAUGGCUCUGGUAACUGAUGCUAUCGCUAAAGAGGCCAAAGAUAAAAGUUCAAAUUAGAAUUUGUGGGAUCUGGAACCUGGGUUGAUAUUUGAGAACUUUCAUGGGACAUUUUGCUUAUGGAGACUGACAUCAGUGUUUUCUUCAAGUAGUAAUAAGAAGGAUGAUUUUUAGCAACAUAAAUCAUUGUUCAUUUUUUGUGUAGAAGUGAGGAAGACUUGUUGCAUAAAAUUCCUGUUAGGAUUUUCACUUUGAGCUUAUAUGCUAUAGAUAUUAUUUGUAGCUACUCAUGAUAAAUUUUUCUUAUACUCGGCCGAGAUGUUAUUUAACGCUUCUUUUCAUAAAAAGAACUUUGGUGUGUACUGGAAGCUA